AUGAGUUUCGGGCUGCCUUAUAGAUACGUAAACGACAAAGAAAUUCUCAGCCAUAUCGGCAAGCCAGCAGAACUACUGGUUGUGGAUGUAAGGGAUUCUGAUUUCAUCGGCGGUCAUAUCAAAGGUUGCCAGAAUGUACCUUCGAAUAGCUUUUUGGAUAGCGUGCACGAGCUCGUCAAGCAAAAUGAGUCUGUACCUAGAGUCGUCUUCCAUUGCGCGUUAUCGCAGUCUAGGGGACCGAAAGCAGCGAGAAUCUACGCAGAAUCGAGACAGGAUCUGCUACCAAAUGCUAAAGAGCAGGAUGUGAUGGUUCUCAGGGGUGGCUUUACCCAAUUUCAAGCCAAGUACGGUACAGAUAAGGAUUUAGUUGAGAAUUAUAGGAAAGAGUUGUGGGAUUGCUAA